GAGAAGGUGUAUUGCAGUUGAGUUUGUUCUGUUGCAUGGGAAGGGGAAGUGCAAGCUGUUAAUCUGAAGUGGGAAUGGAGAGCAUGGUGUGACUGAACCUGCUGAGCAUUCAGAAAUAUGCUCUGGCUUCUGGACUAUAAGAGCAGUCUUAGCAGUGGAAGCAUUCAUGGAUAUAGUUGGCACGUUUAACCAUUUGAUUCCCAGCGAUCAGUUAGAAGACUCCCUGCUCCUCGGCCAGACCUUGGAAUGUGAAGCAAGUGAUGAGUUUCCAUCGGGCCAAAGCCUACCAGAAGAUUCGCUCAAGAACAUGCUCAGUGACAAGGAUCCCAUGUUUGGAUCUGCCAGUCCACAGUUUCAUCUCUUGGAAAAUGAUGAUGCUAACUUUCAGCUUUCCAGCUCAUUAGACCAUGAUAUGAAAGCUUCAGGCUUCAGCGAGUCUGCUGAUGGGGAUGAGACUCCGGCAAAAUUUCCCAGAGGCAGGAGGAAAGGCACCACUCAGCUACAGAGGAAACAAACCGCUCUUUCAUCUAGAGGCCGUGGUAGAGGUGGACAGAUGAGGCGCUCCGGUCCAUUCAGAGGGGUUUCCACCGAAGCCCGUGUAUCUGGAGCAAAGAACGAAGAAGAACCAGGAGCGGGGAACAUCUCGGCGGAGGAGAAACGGGACGACUUGCUUAGCCGUCGGUUUAACGUCCACAAAGUUCACGUCGACCCAUCGAUGAAUCCCGUGGUUGUGUUAAGGCGUCUAACAGUGACAGUAGGGGGCUACAAAAUUGAACUGUUGCCUGGACCUUCGCACAUUUCCGGAUCAUCCGGUACAGGCGCUCCGCAGUCAUUGAGCUUCCCGGAGGAUUCCUUGACCACAGAAAGCAACGGGUUCAAUUUGGAACAGGCUCAGGCAUUGGAUGCUCAACCUGCCCCAGAGAUUGUUAAAGAGCUUAAUGUCAUUGAGAAGGAAGCCAACGAAACGCCUAUGGAUUUAGGACCGUACGUGAACCCGAACGAAGUCCAACACACCAACGGCGAGGAAGAAGUAUCCACCGACGCCAAAGCCGCCGACCAGAACGAUCCCGAAAAGCCGAGCGAUUGCAAGACGGAAGAAACAAACGUCAAACAGGAGAAAACCGUUGCUAAAAAGCUCCUGAAACCCAAGCAGCCACUGGACAUAUCAAAAAACAAGCAGCUUAGCAAAGCCGGCGUCCUGCACAAGGGGUCCAAGCUUCACAAACCGCAAGAGAAAAAAGUGCUGAAGAGCGCAGCGGAAAAUCAACCCGAUGCUCAAGGCAAGCCGGCCCUGUCUCUGAAACCCAAACAAGCCACAAAACCACAAAAGGAGCAAGCCUGUGAUCCGGCGAAACACGUCGUCAGCCCUGCUUCUCUGCACUCUCCCACAAUCCACCGAAAGCCGUCGUCAGAUUCCAGUCCUGGUGCUAAAGCCGUUACGAACAAAUCUCCUUCUUCGGUGAAGAAGCCGCACAAUCCAUCACCAUCCGGGAUCAAACAAAGUCAGUCAGGGAAGGAAGGAGCAGCAGAGGAAGAACCGGAGAAAACGAAACUCAAGAAACCGGAAAAGAUUUUGCAGAGACAAAGAAGCAGAAGCAGCAGGAGCGUAUCUAUAGACGAACCCGAGCUCUUUAUUCCUGAUAACGCUCCCGUGGUAAAGAAGGGGUCUGGCGAAGGGGAACCAACACCUGCUCCUGACACUGAAUCAGCAUGGGACUCAAGCAAACAGUGUGGAUUAUGUAAUAAACCACACAGCAACAGAUUCAUGGUCGGCUGCGGGCGCUGCGACGACUGGUUCCACGGCGACUGCAUCGGCCUGGACCUGGCUAAAGUACAACAAAUGGAAAAAGACGACCAGGAGUUUGUUUGUCUAAAGUGCUGCGCUGACGAAGGUGGGAAAGGCAACAGCGAGAACGCAGACACCAAUUCACCGGCUGAUCAGAAACCGGCACCUGACGCAUCAGUCACGGCCGGAGGAAUUCGGCCCUUCAGGAAGGAUUCAGGAGAAAGACGAUCGUCAGUGGAUUCAGCACAGAAAACCGGAUCAUCUGUGAAGGUGAAGAAGGCUAAGAUUUCUCUUCCAAGCUUGAAGAAACCAUCCACUGGACAGAUCAGGAGGAGUGUCCGAGACUCAUUAGAGGAGAUUCUCCUGAAGAGGCUGAAGGAAUCCGACUUGAAGAUUUCAAAAGAGAAGCCAGCGGAACUGGCCAGAGGUACAGAAAAGGAGCUUUUUGCCUUAUUCCAAGGCGUCGACAGCAAGUACAAGAACAAAUAUCGAAGCUUGAUGUUCAAUCUCAGAGACACAAAGAAUAAUGUGUUAUUUAAACGUGUUCUCAAAGGGGAGAUUCCUCCUAGAGAUUUAGUUCGUAUGAGUGCAGAAGAACUAGCCUCAAAGGAACUGGCUGCUUGGCGACAAAGGGAGAAUCGACACACAAUUGAAAUGAUCGAGAAGGAGCAGCGGGAAGCAGAGCGACGCCCUGUCACCAAAAUCACACACAAAGGGGAGAUUGAAAUUGAAAACCAAGAACCUGCGAAAGCCCCUGAAGCUUUGCCCGAUCCUGUCCCUAAAGCUGUCGAGGUGUCGGAGGAAAAGAAGCCAGAAUCAAAGGCAGAAAGUCCCAAGAAAGCGAAAGACACAACAAGCUUGCACAAGUCUCAUCUUUUCGAUCUUAACUGCAAGAUCUGCACAGGCCGAAUGGCACCACCAGUCGAGGAAGCGACCACUAAGGCUGUCAAAGUGGCCACAACUGUUGUUAGAAGGCAGUCCACAGUUCCAGAAGGAGAGAGCCACGAACCCACGCCCACACCUCCACCGAUUGCUGCAUCAGCCCUGGUGGAUGACCUGUCCCUGCGAGCGAUGGAGGAAGGGCUUCUUAACUUCCCUGCUUAUGAGUCAAGGUUAGAAAGUGCGAGCAGUAAAGAAGAUACAGUUGCGUUCCUUGCUGGUUUGGAAACGUUAUGGAACGGAUAUAUAGACAUGCCAUCUGUUGCUCGUUACCUUACAAAAGCUUACUCAGUCUCUGGAACAUUGGACCAUCUAACUGAGGAUCUGCCAGACACCAUACAGGUUGGUGGAAGGAUCUCUCCCCAAACAGUCUGGGACUAUGUGGAGAAAAUCCGUGCCUCUGGUACAAAGGAAAUAUGCGUAAUCCGCUUCACCCCAGACACAGAGGAAGACGAGAUCUCGUACACCUUGCUGUAUGCCUAUUUUAGUAGUCGCAGGCGAUAUGGUGUUGUUGCCAACAACCGCAGACAAGUUAAAGACAUGUAUCUUAUCCCUCUUGGGUCUACCGAAAAAAUCCCACACCAGAUCGUUCCAUUCGAUGGCCCAGGGUUGGAGACCAACCGACCAAACCUUCUCCUUGGACUAAUCAUUCGCCAGAGGCCCAAAAGAGACUUUGUGGUUCUUUUACCCAACGAGGUUAGUGAACCUCCAAGUUUCUUGUUGGAGACCAAGCCUCAGGUAGACUCUACUCCGAAACCUGUGGUGGUCCGAGAUGAAGAAAGAGAAUUCAUAAGCAGUCUCGGACGGAUACAGAAAAAGGAGAGUGCAAACCCUGGCAAAUCAGCAGGGACCGAAUCCCGGUUAGAUGCUGAAGACGAGGAAAAUGUCUCGCUGCGUUUCCUGCCAGGCGUGCUCACGCGGCCUAAGUCUGACAAGGCCACUUCGGACGAUGAAGCGAAGAACGCAACUGGUAGCGCAGUCAGUCAGACGUCUAGCUCUGAUGGCCAAACCUCGGGACACGGCACUCCGAAAACCCCCACCACCCCCAGACUGGACCGUUUCAUCAUCAAAAAGAAAGAUCCAAAACCUGGUGAGAUAAAACAAGAGCCUUCCGGUUCGAGUGUAGAGCUGACAACUUCCCCAGGGAAAGAAAAAGAAGGCGGAGUCGUAUUAUCACUAAAGGAUAAACCAGGAGAUGUAUCAACAGAGACUUUCCUCUCUAGCCUUUCCAGUGUUCAGCAAACUGCUGAACCUGACAGCACUGAAACAAAAGGAAAUACACCACCGCCAAGUACGCAGUCCAGUCAAGACCCAAACCUGUCUAUUGAACCCGCUCCUGGUCCAUUGACAGAGAGCACCAAUGAUACCACUGAAGAUGUUUCCAAGCACAAAACGGAGGACAUUACAACGCCUGGCAUUUUGCAAAAGACUGAUGUCUCAGAACCGGUUAAUACAAAGCCGUCGUCUGCGACUCAAGACUUACCGCAACCUAAAGUCGCCCAGUCAACAAGACCGGACCAGUCUUCAGUCAGCCAGUGUGCACCAUCACGGCAGCCAUCAGCACCAGAGUCUGCGCAGCCACAAUCAGAGUUUAAAGUUGUUGAAGAUAUCCAGACCAUCACCACUAUUUCUUUGUCUGGAAAAUGUGAAGGUGUUAAGCAGUCCAGACGUCUUUUAAACCCACCCACUUUUGCAAGUCAUGGGCCUCCACCAGCUCCUUUUCCUCCUUAUCACACCACACCAGUUGACCAUGCUUAUCACCCUGGCCCAGUGCCCACCUACCCACCCCCAUCUAACCCUGCACCAUUUAUACCUCCACCGUUCAGUUAUCCUCCCCCUCUGCCUCCUCCGAUGCUGUUUCCUCAUAAUGAUCCUCCAAAUCCAAUGCACGUCCCACCGUGGGUGCCAGCAGUGCCUCCUCCGGCAUGUUUUCCACAGGCCAUCCCAGAGGCAGUCGGUGGACCCCCGCAGCCCUACACAACCCCAAGAUUCCCCGAUUCCGCCAUGCUGAAUAUGCCGCCUUUGAACAAGGGCGAUCAGGGCUCCGAGUUGUGGGACAGGAAGUCCAGGCCCUUGGAAGAACCCUUCAAAAAGGACGACCGUGACCACUACGGGGGGAGGUACAAGCACAAGAGCCAACACUACGAGCGCGAGAGGCACAAGCCCAGGAGUCGCAGCAGGAGCCGGAGCAAGAGCCGGAGUCGCAGCAGGAGCCGCAGCCGGAGCAGGCACAGACACAAGAGCAAACACUCACAUGGGGAGAGGCGAAAAGAAAGACAUCACAGCGGUCACCACAGGGACAGGGACAAACAAAGACGGGACUCGGAUCACGAAAAACACUCGAGAGACAGGCAUUCGUGAUCAUCAUGCUCAAUCUAGACACACCCGUUUCAACAUCGUUGACCAGACUUUUUUACAUUUUAUUUUACUGCAUAGUAAAAAGUUAUUUAUAACAUUUAAAAAGCAGCUUUUAAGAGUGUUUAAAUUUUAUGUUUAUAGUUCACAGUUCGGAUUGACAUUUCUUCGUUUAACAUCAGCUCGAGCAGAUUUUCGUGUUAUUAAUUCAAACCCAACACCAAGAAGAAGGAAAAAAAAACAUGAUUUCUGCAUUUUUAAGAAAGAUCUUCAACAUUUUGUAUUCGCAUUGAUUGACAAUGUGUCUGUACAUUUUGGUUUAUAAAACAGUAGAGAUAACGUGCUCUGGGCACAUUAUGUUUAUGUACAGUUCAUAAAUUCUUUUUAUUGUUGACUUUAAAUAAAAAAAUUUAAAAAGGAAA